CGCUGAGUGCUGCCCCCCUCAUGGCUUGAUGCCUGAGAGCAGCUACUGGCAGCUCUGCCCUCCCUCUAAGUCCGGCCUGCAGGGGGGGUUGCUGAGCUCUAGUUUCCCCCCCGGCCCGGUGCCGCUGGCGCCCGAUGCCCACCUGCAGGAGGGGGGGGGCGACCCCCUGGACAGGUCCGCCUCUCAGCCGCCGCAGCACCGCCCUCUGGCGCCCAGCACCUCGGCGUCGGAGCUGUCCCUCCCCGGAGCAGCGCCGCCAGCCCCGCCCCCUGCGCCUGGCCUCCCCCCCCCUCCUCCUCCCCCCCCCAAACGCCACUGCCGCUCGCUGUCGGUGCCGGAGGACCUGUCCCGCUGCCGCUACACCUGGAGGCCCAGCGCCUCGCGGGUCUGGACCCCCGUCAGUCGCCAGCAGUGCCACGGCGGAGCUGGGGGAGGAGUCAUGGGCGGGGGGGCAGGGAUGGGAGGAGGGAUUAUGGGCGCAGCCGGGGGUGGAGUCUGUCCUCUCCGGGCUCCAAGCUCCUCCCUGAACUCCUCGCUGCACUCCUCCUCCAGCCCCACCUUCUUCAGCCUGGCGCUGUCCCCGGACUCGCCGCUGCCCUGGAGCUUCCCCUGGGACGCUAGUGAGGCGGCGGCAGGGGGCGGGGCCUGCUGCUGCUUCUUCCCCUCCCCCUCCUCCUGCUCCUCCUCCCCCUCUCCCCUCCACCCGCCUCCCCCUCCUCAGAGGCGUUUCUCUCUCUCCCCCGUGCUCAUCAGAGACUCUGCCGCCUCCACCUUCCUGCCUCCGCCUCCCGUGCCGAGCCAGGCGGCGCCGCCCCCCCCAGGCGGCCCGGCGCCUGUCGGGGCGGCUGGGGGGGGCCCGGUGCCCGCGUCGCCCUCCUCCGCCUGCAGCACGCCGUCCUCUCUGAGACGCAGCCUCCCGCCGCCGCUGCCGCGCUGCCACUCGCAGCCGUGCGACCUCCUGCUGCUGAAGCCGGGGCUGAAGCGGCGCCGCGACCCCGAGCGUCCGUGCGCCCGGCCCGUCCUCGACUUCACCAAGAUGACUCAGACCCGCAGCAUCGACCCGACGUGUCUGGAGCGCGGCGGCGGCCGGCUGGCGUGCGGGGGGGACGUCUACAUGGAUUCCUUCAUGGGCGACUUCCGGCGCUCCUGCUCUCCGGCCGAGUGCCUGGGCCGGACCAGCAUCGGGCCGCUGAGCGAGAGCGACGAGGAGGAGGAGUGCCGCGAGGACGAAGAGGAGGAGGAGGACGAGGAGGACGGGGGGGGGGAGGACGCCGGCGAGCGCGAAGCGGCCAAGCAGGCGGUGUUCGAGAGGGAUUGUACAGAACUCGACUUGAACUUAAUAGAAGAAAACUGACGUCUUUGUAAAUGGAAGGCUGUUCUCUGUUUCACUUCUUUAGUUUUAUUUUGAAAAGGAUCCGAACCCCCGAGCCCCUUCCCGGACGACCCUCAUCUCAACACUCCGCCUCCUUGCCACCAAUCAGCAAGGCUCUCAGGAACAACGCCUCUCAUUGGAUGAGCUGAGGUGAAGGAAGCUGACGACAGUGAUGAUGUGACGCCGCCGCUUGUGAACCCUCGGCUGUUUGAACUGGAGAACCAGGAAGUGAGAGGCGGAGCUCCACACUCUGAGUCCAGUCUGCUACUCAGACUGUCAGGUGUCCCUCAGCGGCUCCGCCUCCUGGCGUCCAGGUGUCUUCCAGCACAGAGCAGCUGAGAACACGUUAGUCUGAUGAGGCUCCGCCCCCGCGCCGCCAGCCCGACACGCCGCCGCUACCUCAACGCACCACAGACCGAGACAUGGUCAGGAUGGAAAGGGUCAGUUCAAAUCACAAACAAUUUAAGAAUACAUUUAAAUACAUUAAUUUAAUUUCAAAUCCACACGAA